CUCCCAUCUCUAUUUCGGGCAAGGUGCCUGCGUGGAAAAACUUUCUAGGCUGAUUUUGAGUAACAAUCUGUUAAAAUUACUGAUAUUUACAAAGAAAUCAACGUGACAAUGGCAGAACCACUUCCCAUGCGCAUCAAUUGGAAUCCUGAUUUGAAACACAAUCAAAUGGAGCGCUGGAUAUGCAUUUACCCCGCCUAUAUCAAUAGCAAGAAGACUCGCCAGGAAGGUCGUCGGCUGCCCAAGGAGAACUGCGUCGAGAAUCCACACUACCACGAGAUGCGAGAUGUUCUGUCGGUGACCAACAUGCACUUUCUGGUGGAGACACUUAAAUAUCCCCGCGAAAUCAGCAGGGAGGCGCAAUUCCGAGGCCGGAUUCGCGUCCAACUCCGCAAUGCCGAUGGCACGUUGUGCAGCAAAGACUUUCCCUCGCGAGAAUCUAUCAUGCAGUACAUUGCCGGUAAAAUACCCCAGCUGAAGACGCGCCAGAACAAGUCGGCGGAUUCUUUCCAUCAGCCCCAACUGCAGUCAAGCGGCUCUGGAGCUAGCGGCGGCGGGAGUGGUGGUGGUGGUGGCGGCGGCAAGAAGGGCAAAGGCAAGCGCCGCUGAUGAUUUCAAUCAUGUUUUUAAUGACAUUUGUUUAGUUGGUUUCUUUUGUAAUAAAUUCUGUAAACAGAAAUUUCGUACCCG